AUGUCACCUUAUAGCAGAUCAGAUGCACAACCCCCUCGAGACAUCACAGAUUUAUGCAAAGUAACUUCAGCACAUGUAAAUCAAGUCCAUUUUGGAUUUGCAGCUACUUCAAAGAAAUACUUGAUAAUUGUAUUGUUGAUUAAAACUAUCUUAGUUGAAGAAAUUGUUGAUAAGAUUAAGAAUGGAAAAUACAUUGAAAAAGAAGCUGUUUUAGAAAAAAUUAAAAAACAAAUUCAAGAUUCCGAUGUAGUUGCAACCUCAAGUAUUAUAUCAUUAAAAGAUCCGUUGGGACAAUGUAGAAUAAGCAUACCUCCAAAAACUACUGAAGAUCAAGAAACAAUUGUAAUUGAUUCAAAUGGCAAUUGGUCAGAAUGUAAAAAAGCCUAUAAACUUCACGAUAUUGAUGAAUCUGAUGAUACAUUUAAUAAACAUUCUCCAAAUAAAAAAAGAAAGAUAGAAAAUAAUAUUUUCAUUGUAGAUUCAAGUGAUGGUGAAGGCGAGGAAAACAAUUGUGAGAGCAAUGUUAAAGAUAUUCAAACAACGGCUACUGAAAUUGAAAAGGCUGCUGAUGCUAAAGCCAUUAAUAUUAAUCAAACCAUAUCAGAAACAAUUGAUGAAUCUCAAGAUAUAGCCCAUUUAAAUAAUGUAGUUGAAAAAUACCAAUUCACAAUAGACAAAAUAACAAGAGAAUUGGAUCAACUACAGCUAGAAAUGUACAAUGACAGUACAUUAUAUAACAAUAAUAUAGAGGAUCUGCAGAUAUCAGAGGAAGAGGAUGACAAUGAAGGAAAAAUAAACCAAGAAGAUAGUAUUGAUGAUGUUGUUGUUUUGGAGAAUAUAGUAGAAAAAGAUGAAGAGGAAAGACAAGAAAUUGUAAGUACCACCAGUAUCAUUAUGUCUACAAAGGAUGAUAAUGAUAGCAAUGAUGGUGAUGAUCUAAUGGACCUGACAAAUAAUUUAAAUGAAUCAACAAAUACCAGAUGUAAGUGCUGA